AUGACGCCCACACCCCCUUCCACCACUUCUUCGAGUGCGGGCGCACACUCGCCUGAAGGCCAAUACAGGAUCAUUAGGAAAAGGAACCGAGUUCCCCUUUCAUGCGCCCCUUGUCGCCACAGGAAGCUGAAAUGCAACCGUGCGCACCCUUGCGAGAAUUGCGUCAAACGGGGCGAUGCAUCUUCCUGUACAUAUGCCCAAGUGAGUACACGGAAAAAGAGCUCGCCUCUCCAGAGCACCCCGACUUCACCAGAUGAUAUGCAGAACAGGAUUGAUCGGCUGGAAAGCCUGGUCCUGUCCCUGAUGACAAACGGAUCCCAGUCUGCGGGCCCCGCUGCUGCCAUGGCGGUUAUCUCGGGCGAGAGUAGUGGCGGUUCUGUUCAGAACUCGAACGAUCUGGAUCUGGAUCUGGAUGAAGAUGUACCUGCGGGUCCCGAGGAGAGCGACACCGAACAGGUCACCAAAUCUUUCGGGGUCAUGAAGAUGGAUAAUAAGGCUCCUUUGUAUAUCAGUGAUGCACAUUGGGCCUCUGUACUGGACGAUAUCGCCGAGGUGCGAAAUUAUUUCUCCACACAUAAGAAGCAAUACGAGGAACAUGCUGCGAAAAUUGAGGCCACAAAGCCAUGCACGGAUAUGACGGGAUCGAGUCUUUUCUUCGGUUCUAUGACAACUACCAGUAGGGCGGAGAUCAUGUCGUCGUUCCCGUCUAAGUACAUGGCUGAUAUUCUGGUCACCCGCUAUUUCAACAGCCAUGAUCCGGCCACUCAUCUGCUUCACGCCCCCACCUUUCAGGUGCAGUAUAAUAAACACUGGGAAGAUCCUUCGCAGACUUCUCUUGUUUGGAUCGGCAUGCUUUUCGCCAUGAUGAGACUGGCUCUAUUAUCAUAUUAUAAGGAAGAGGAUGAGCCGGCAGAAUUCCGGGGCAAAUCCUUGGAUAUGGCGGGCACGUACCGGAAUCAAAUGGCUCAAUGCCUGGCGUUAGCGGAUUACACACGACCGCACCAACACCUCAUCGAGACUUUGAUCUUCCACCUCCACGGCGACUUCUGUCAGACGAGGGAGGCUGAUGUAUCGACCUGGGUUCUUGUGGGCGUGGUUGCGCGAUUAGCGAUGCGAAUGGGAUACCAUCGAGACUCAAAGAUGUUCCCCAACAUCACACCGUUUCAAGGUGAGAUGCGACGGCGGGUCUGGGCAUUUGUACAGCAAACAGACCUGUCAUUUUCCUUCCAAGUUGGUCUUCCGAGCAUGUUGCGUACCACAGACAGCGACACAGAACCCCCGCGAAAUCUCUAUGAUGAUGACUUUAGUGAGGACUCUACAGAGAUUCCUCCUUCACGUCCUCUGAGUGAGCCUACGCCGAUCUCGCAACUGAUUGCAAAGUACCGACUGGUGCAUGCUUUUGGACGCGUUACUGAAGCCGCGGCCGCCGUCCAAAGCACUCCAUACGACACUGUCAUGGAGAUUGAUGCUGAGCUUCGUCAAGCAAGAGAUAUGAUCCCGGAGCAUCUUAAACCUCGCUCAAUUGAAGAAUCUCACAUGGAUCCUACCAAUCUCAUCAUUGUACGGUUCAGUAUCGCAAGUGUGUAUCACAAGGCGCAAUGUGUUCUACAUCGACGAUUUCUGACCCGGGCGCGUGAAAAUCCUCGUUUCACCUACUCCCGGCAAACAUGCAUUGAUUCCGCCAUGGAGCUGCUCAAUUUCCAGUCGAUGCUUCAUGGGGAAACCGGGCUAAAUGGGCACCGGAGCACUAAGCAGAAUAGAUUGAGCUCUCUUUGCACAUCCGACUUUCUCCUGGCAGCCACCAUUAUCUGUCUAGACCUUCAUCAAACGCAGCAGAUACAGGCGGCAGGGAGGGAAUCAGGUGAUAUUUACACAUGGGGCAGAGAGCGAGGCGAGGAGAUGAUUGCUGCGCUCAGGCGUUCGAAGGAAAUUUGGGAUGAAAUCCGAGACCAGUCCCUGAAGGCUUGGAAGGCAACCUCUGUUCUUGAAGUCAUGCUUGGCAAGCUGCACCUGGCGCAUCCACUCCCCGAACCGAAUGUUGUUGCCCCUACCCUUUUCGAAUCUCAGGAUGAGAAACAAAACGCCGCCAUGACCCUCGGACUAUUGAGCAGUGGGAUGAGUCCAAUACCAACUGGGCCUUCGGCAUUCAACGAUUCGGCAUUCAAGAUGUCUGAUGCGAAUGUGCCUCUUUCAGGGCUAGCUCCAGCCACAGAUUUGCCAGGAGCCCCUUCGCCUUUGGGCAGUAUGUUUGGACAAAUGCCUGACAUGCAGGUGAACUUGGACUGGGAUGCGUGGGACAAUUAUAUCCAAAAUUCCAACUUUGACGCAAACAGCCAGUGGUUUCUUUCAUCAGAUCUACAAUCGCAACAGCAGCAGCAACAACAACAGACGCCUAACGAUUUAUCCUCGACAAGGAUAUCUCAACCUGUGUCUGCAGACGGGCCUCGAGCCAUGCCUCGCUUUCCCAGCAUGUUACCACCCCAAACAUACGACAUCAACACGGCUGGCCCUCCUAUACCCCCUCUCUAUAAUGCCGACAUCUCCCAAGGCAUGAAUGGAUCCAGAGGCUAA